GGCUUUUCGGGGCCAGGAAGACAAUUGUGAACAUUCCAAUAAGACAGACGUAGAACUCAAGGAACCAUCUUUCAUUUAUUCUACAACAAGAGGUUUGGAUAAGAGCCAUCCCUUCCCCAUAUUAUUACUCAGUUUAUUCUCUUCUACAUCAAUUAAUAACUUAAGCAAGUGAGCAAUGUUCACCACAAUGGAUGUUUAUGAUGCAGCUUUAUCCAUUGGUCGUGAAUGUCAAUUAAUUGUUGAUCAAUAUAAUGAUGAUUUAUUAGAAAAUUUGAUGCCAAAAAUUAUUUAUAUUUUAGAAGAGUUAGAAGCUUGUACUAUUUAUUGUGACAAUGAAAAGAAAGAAAUUGUACAUCUUCAAGAGUUGGCUGAUGAACUACGUGAAGAUCAGAAAUCAGAUUUACUAUUAAAAGAUAAAUAUGAUCAAAGUUUAGAACAACUUGAAAGAAGUUGGUAUUGUGAAAGUGAAAAAUUAUUAAAAGAAAUUAAUGAAUUAGAACAAGAAAAUAUUCGUUUAACACAUCAUUUAAUAUCAUCUUGUAAUAAAGAAGUUAAAGAGAAAGAAGAACAAGAUAAUGAAAAUUAUUCAAACAUUUUAAAUAAAUAUAUAAAAUAUAAUAAUGAUUCUGGUGAAUACAGUAAAUCUUAUUCAAAAGUUGACACAUUUUUAUUAACUAAGACAAAAUUGAAUCUUGAAAAUAUUUCAUCUAAUCAUGAAGUUGAUAAAACACUUGAUAAAUUGAAAAAUAAAUCAACUGAAGAAGAAUUAUCUAAUAUAAUGUCUAGUUUAUUAUUAGAAACUGAAGAGAGAAUACAAUUAACAGAACAAGAAAAUCGUGCUGCUGAUCUUCAAUUAAUUCAACAAUUGAAGGAAUGCGUAGCGAUUAACUACAAGUCUGCUAGACAAAUUCGUCGUGAACUAGCUGAAGUUAGCGCCUCAUUAGAUGCAUCAGAAGAAGAAGUUUGCCGUUUAGCACGUCAAAGUGGUCAACUAAUGGCAUCUUGUGCUCCUCAUAGACGUCAAACAGGUCAACUUGUGGCUGAGAAGGCUACACUUGAAGCACAAUUGUGUGUAAAAGAAAGAGCAUUGGCCAGCUUACUUGGAGAAAUGUCAUCUGAUGAAGUUGCUCAAAUUCAGGGUUCUGGGACAUCAACUGAUACUUAUCAGUCAAUUUUACACUUAUCUGCUGGACAAGGAUUAGAAUCUUGUCCGAUUAAUUCAGAAAGACCAUCUUAUAGUGAACAUAUAUCAUUGGAAGAAUUACGUUAUCUACUACAUGAACGAAAUGAAUUGAAGUGUAGAUUAAUUGAAUUAGAAGAAGAAUUCAACGCUUUAGAAUCGGAGAACCAAAAGGAUCCAGAUGUAGAAGGACCUAUGUGGCCUGAACCUAUUGAAAAGUUACGUCCAGAUUGGCAUAAACGUUCAAAUAUUAAAACUGUCUUUCAAAAUCUUCUACAUCGUUUAACUGAGCGUACUACAGAAUUAAUAUCAUGAAGUUGAUUGGAUUAUAGAAAGCAUAAUAUUUUUGUUGUCUUAUAUCUUAAGUCUACCUUGAUAGAUAAGCAUCUCUCUGAUAAAUUCUAGUCGUUUAUACACUAUGGCUUAACUUGAUUGGUUUCCAUUCCUUGUGUUGUAUAAUUUUAUUGUUUAAAAUUUCUUUUUUUUUAUGUUGUAUGAAUCUUGUUUAUCUACGAUUCGGUCUCUUGUUAUUAUCAUCAUCAUCAUUGCCGUUGUCAUCAUUCAGGUGUCUUUUAUAUCAUUCCCCUGAUGAUUAUUAUUCUAGGCCAAGUGUGAUGUUGACUUACUCGACUACUUUUAACACUGUAUUGUCUUUUUAAUUGAAUACCAAAGAACUUUAGCAUCAUUUUCAACUGAAGGAAGGCUUAUAUACAUUA